AUGCGGCGGAAGGCGAAGCUUGUGAAGCCUGAACGGAUCUCCAAAGAGAAAUCCCAGAAUGUUGCCGAGGAGUUGGUCUCGGUGAUGCGAGGGCCCAAGUUGCCAGGCCGGGACUUCAAGGGCGGCUUCUUGACGGCGCCGCAUUUGGGGACACCCAGCCGGCUGGUCGUCUUCGAGGAUCCACCAGUGGCGGUGGAGAAGCUUUCGGAGGAGGAACGGGCCUUGCAAGGACGCGAACGCGCCUUCGGCUGCAAGGCGGUCUUCAACCCCCGCUGGCGGAGCGCCAGCAACGUGACCUCCGUCUUUUGGGAAAAGGAUCCCAGCAUUCCAGGCUACCGCGCGCUGGUGGAGCGGCCCAAUGCCGUUCGAGUGCAAGGCUACGACCCAAAGGGUCAGGCCGUGGACUAUGUGGCCAAAGGUUGGGAAGCGCGGCUGAUCCAGCAGGCCAAUGAUCUUUUGAAUGGCCUGACCUUUGUGGAUCGCUGCGAGAUGCGAUCCCUAUGCCACCUGGACGCACGCAACGAUCCUUUGCCGUCUGACUGCCCGGUGCUGGGCGCUUUCCUCUCCAGGCCUUCCAGGCCACCGUUGAGCGAGGAGGAUACGAAAGCAGCUGAAACCGGUGGCAGCAAGGGGAUGCUGGGAUUCCUGCCGAGCUUCGGUUCCCCCAGCGUGCUGCUCAUUGGGAGUUUGCUCCUGCGUCUACCAGCCCGGGAGGUCGAAGACUUCUCCGCCGGUGAGGUGCAGGAAGCAGCCAAAGAGCUUCGAGAUGCUCUGGCGAGUGGGGAGCAUCCCUUGGGCGUGGCUGCACCACAGUUCGGCAAAGGCAUUCGAAUGGUGGCCAUCGGUGAGACGGAGGACAACAUCGAGAAGCUCACCACCCGAGCGCAGAUCUCCGAGGAGCACCGGGUCUUCAAGCCCACGAUUCUCAUCAACCCGGUGGUGACUGCGAAACCAGGUGGGCCAGCAUGGGCUGUGUUGGCCUUCUUUUUCGAGCGGCUCGGGACCCUGGCCGUGGUGGAUAAGGCGCCCAGCUGGGACGAGCUGAAGUCGGCGUUGGAAGCUGAAGCCUCGCCCGAGUUGAAGGACUUCCGCACGAACUUGGCGGAGGGCCAUGUGGCCAAUGCCAUGGCCAAGCUUCGGGUCUUCGGCCAGGGGGCAGAGGCCACCAAGCGGGUGACGCUAUACAGGGACUCGGCCUCCUGGUGUCCAUACUGUCACAAGGUUUGGAUGCUUUUAGAGGAGAAGCAGAUUCCUUACAACGUCAAGAAGGUGAGCAUGUCUUGCUAUGGCGACAAGCCGGCAGACUUCAUCGCCAUGCAGCCCAAUGGGCAGAUUCCGGUGGCCGUGAUCGAUGGAACGGUCUUGAGGUCUUCUGAUGCCAUCAUUGAGCGCGUUCUCCAGAUGCCGGGUGCGUCGCCUCAGAUGGACCAGCAGCUGGAUCCCUUUGACCACCCACAAAGCACGAAUCUCUUGCGCCUGGAGCGGAUGCUCUUCUCCAGCUGGCUGGGUUGGCUCUGCCGGGGCGGCGGCCGCAGUGACUUUGAGCGGACGCUCCGCAAGGUGGAGGAUACCUUGGCGGCCAGCGGCGGCCCCUACUUCUUGGGCGAGCGCUUUUCGCUCGUGGACAUCAUGUACACCCCCUUCAUCGAGCGCGCAGUGGCAUCCCUAGCUUACUUCAAGGGCUACAACAUCAGGGAGAAGCUGCUUUUUCCUGCGAUCAACCGCUGGUUUGACGCCAUGGAGACGCGGGACAGCUACAGGGCCACCAAGUCGGACUACUACACUCACAGCCACGACCUGCCACCCCAACUGGGCGGCUGUCAGUCAGAGCCGGGUGGUCAGGAGAUCCGCGAGGCGGUGGAUGGUGGAGACUGGAAGCUUCCGCUCAAGACGUCUGUGGAGCCGGAAUGGUCCUGGAUCUCUUCGAGAGAUGCACGCCACGAGGCGGCGGAGCGGCUGAUCCACAAUCACGAGGCGGUGUCGCGCUUUGCCGCGCGCGCCAAGAGUGGCCCUGGCUUCCCACCGGCCUGGGCGGAGCUGGCGGAUCCCAACGCGAAGCCUGCGGAGAAGUGGGUCCCAAUCAUUGACAUUUUCCUGCGGCAUGCGGUGGAUUUGCUGCUUUCGGGUGAUGCAGAGGCAGCCGACCGCGAUGAGCCCACGCCCGAGCGGCAGCGCGCCUGGGCGGCAGCGGAGGAGUCCUUGGCCUCUUUGGGCCGUGAGGACCGUGCCGACCUGGCGGAGUGCCUGAGAUACUUGCAACAACGGGUAGGCGUGCCCCGGGACAUGUGUGCCAGUGUGCCGGGCUAUGAGGCGGUAGUGGGGCGGCCCCUGGAGGUCUCCGUGGAGGCGAUGAAUGAGGAGGGACGCCGCGUGAGCUUCAGCGCCAAGGGAUGGCAGGCUCGGCAGUUGCAGCACACGGUGGACAUUUUGGAAGGUGUCCUUUAUGUGGAUCGUAUGGAGACAAGAUCCUUCCGAAGAGAUACCGUGGAGGAGGAUUUGCCCGAAGGAGUGCCAUAUGGUGUGAAGUCCAAAGCCAAGGUCGCCGAUCGGACUCGUGUGGCGGCGGCUUCCGGAGGUCGCAAGCGGCGGUCCUAG